AUGGAAUGUUAUGUUUGCCAUAACCAAGAAGUGCCACCUUAUUGGGAGCCAUUUGGUGAUCGUAAGCAUUUUCUGUGGAAGGCUUGCAGUACAGCUGCUUCUUGUGAAGCCGAAAAAAUGCUCGCUGGGCCUAAAUGCAUGCGUGAAUGGUAUAUGGACUGGCGUUGCGUUGAGUGCUGUCAAGGUGAACUUUGUAAUUACUAUGCCACAUUAUUUAAAAAAUUUUAA